AUGAACUAAGGCAAGCAAUAGUCACGAGAGAGAAGUCUGAAAUCAUGCAAAAAGUUAAGACCCUCUGGUAAUAGUAUAUUUUCAGCACAAGGACUCAAUUUUUUCACCCCGAGACCAGAAGAUGAGAUAAUUGGGAAACUUACUCAUACAAAAAAAAGAACAAAAUCUAAAGAAAGUAGAUCUUCAAGUAAAAAACGCCAACUCACUAGGGGUGAGCAUCAUUUCCAAGUAACUGCAGACAUAAGAAAUUAAUCACCAAAGAUUUUAAAGUCAAUCAUAAAAAAGAAAUUAACGAUGAAAAAGAAUAAUGGUUAGUAAGCAUUAACUCAUUAGUAGGUUUAAAAACCACUUUAACAUAAGGAAAAUAUUAACAUAGUGAUCUAGCCUAACACUAUAAACCCAUUAACUUAAUCAUAAGGUAUUAGUAGUAUGAAUAUGAGCUAAGGAAUACCAAUGUCAAAUGCACAGCUCCAUCAGUCUCAAAUGAAUAACAGUAAUGCUUUCUAAAACUUCGCCAAAGCAGCGAUAUAAGUUAGCAAUUCAACUAAAAACCAGAAUGCUCAGGUAUUCUUUUAACCUCUUGUAGAGAAUAGUAAUCUAGCUAAGAAGUUGAAUCAGAUUUCGAACAAAACAUCCAACAAAUAGUCUAGAAAUCCAAGUGCAAAAGCAAGAAAGAAUGUUAACAUUAUUACUGGUUAGAAUACUGCACCAAACAAUCAACAAGUAUUUAUUGUCGAUUAAUAGAGCACCAACAGGAACUAAUCUAACUCAAUUGGUAGAGAUGGCUCUAAUAGUAGUGGGAAAAAGGUUAGGAUACUUCAAACAUAUGAAUCUCCAUCAAUUCUAAAAGAUAGCAAGCAAAAUAAAUUCAACAUAAAGAAUCCUGUUAGUUAGGAAAAGAUUUAGCUUCAAAACAUUUAAGCGAAAGGUAAUAAUUUCUUCAUGAGCAAUCAAAAUCAUGGUUCAGUGGACUUAUCUGAGAAUUCUCCUAAGACAAUGUAAAAGUAAAGUCUUGGCAAUAUUAACAAUAUGAAGUACUCAGAGUAUUUGGUUACUAAUGCACACGAAUAACUCCAUUAAAGAAGUCAUCCAGUAACCACAACUAAUGCAGCAUUCGUAUCUUAAAUGAAUAAACGAUAAGGAUAGGCAGCCACUAAUUUAGGCCUAAAAUCUUCAACAAGACAUUCAUCAAAGCGUCGAUAUUCUAAAGGUCUUUUAGUGAAUGAAGGUGGAGAUGCUUUUGAUCAAUUGAAUCAUCAUCAUUUUCAAUCUUACUAACAAGAUCCCCUACCAUCAGAUAUGAUGAAUUCGAUAGGUACUGUUUCAUAAAGAGAAUUUUAUAAAGCUGCUGAGAUCUUAAACUAACAUGCUCUACAAUUGAAAUUGACUUCCAAGAAUAAAAAGAAGAAGAGUAAAAAUUAUACAAUGGCAACUUCAUCAAUCGCAAGUGGAGGAUCUAUUGAGCCACUAAUGAGUAGUCAUAGACAUUAACUGAAAAUCAAACCUCCGAAGCAUUCAUUUAAUACUCAAUUAAAAAGUAAUACGAAUCUCUAAUCACCAGCAAAGCACCCUGCUUUUAACAGUAAAAAUCUAGUUUAAUAAAUUGUGAAUUCCCCAGUAAGCAGUCCUUCCUAAAACAACUAGAAUAAUCAAUUACAACAUUAACAGCUCUCUUAAUCUUAGCAUCAAUAAUUCCUGUCAAACUUUACUUCUAAAAAUUCUUACAACCCUCAAAACUAUUUCCAGAGUGCUAAGUUACUGUAAAAGCAAAAGCAAUAUUAGCAAUAAAACAUUUAAAAGUCAAGAAAUAGUAGCAACUCGAAUCUUUUACUUAUUGGAGGUCACAGUUCAGCUACCUCACCUAUGAUAUAGAAUUGGCAUACAUAACUAGGAUUAUCUACAAAUUAAAAUGCCUUUACUGAUUUAAUGAUAGGAAACUAAACUCUUAAGAAUGGUAUUGCAGGUAAUUUGCAAGCUAAUAUAGUCUCAUAAAAAUAAAGUAAAAAUAAGACUUAACAAUAGAUAAUCAUUCCUUCUCUAAACAAUCAAAAUAAUGGCUAAAGCUUUGACCCAAGUUCUAUUAUCAAAACAGCUUAAGAUAACUCAAAAUAAGCAAAUAGCUAACAGAUCUAAGCAGCAAUAAUCAAGAAAAUUCAGAACAACUUCCAGUUAUCAUUUACAAAUUCUUUUAAUUAAAACCCUGGUACAUUAACCACAAACAAUUUUAACAAUUAGCAAAAUCAAUAAAUUCAAUAGUCUUCUUAGACAGAGAAAAUUUCACCCAUCAAAAAUUUGAAACAGCCUAACUUUGAAAAUGAAGAACUUAGAAUUAAGGAAUAUCAUGAUAGCUAACUAAAUACCAAGAAAAUAGAGGAGCAUGAAAAAAAGUAGAAAGAUCUUGCAGAAAGUCUAAGAUCUAUUGAGAAAAAAAUGAUAGAUUAACUUACUGAUAUUCAAAAUUCAAUCUUGGAUUCCAACCAUUCUAAUUCUUAAUCUGAUAUCACUAAGAAAAAAGCUGAAACAUUUAUGAAAGUUUUCGACGAAUUGAUCACAAAGGAAUCACCAUUCUAAUCAAUAAUCUAGAAAUUAAGGAAAGGAUUCAAGGAUUGCAUAAAGGACUAUGAAAACUAAAAUGACUAGGGCAAGCAUUUUGUGAAAGAAUGCGAAUUCAAACUGAAGGAGAAGCAAGUAGACUUUAAGAGAAUUGAGUAAGAUCUGAGAGAUGUUGAAAGAAAUGAGUAAGAAUGCAGAACAUAAAUACAAAAUAUGGCUUCAUAAAUUGAUGAGAGAGAUGACUAAAUUGAAAACUUAGAAAUUGAACUGGACCAUUAAAGAAGGAAAUUCAAAGAUUUGUUUAAACAGCAAAUGAGACAACCUCUUAAUAAGGGAGGCAAUAAGCCUAUAAUAAUCUAGAAUGAUGACUAGUCAAUGGAACACUAAGAUAUGUAUGAAUAACUUUAAGAGGCUUUGAACGAAAAUAAUGAACUUAAAUAGAUAGCCAAAGAAAUGUAAGAAGAAUUAGAUUAUGGUAAGUAAAGGGAAAAUAAGCUCAUGUUCUUCUUAUUUAUUCUCAAGGAAAAAGGUUUCCCGAUUUCAGAGGUAUUUGAGGAAGAGAUAAAAGAUAUUCCUACAACUAGGUUCUCAACACACUUUGAUGAUGAGUAUAAGCAAAUGUACUAUUAAAUCAAAUGUGAGAGGAAGGAAGCAAGAAAAGAAAAGAGGCUUGAACUUAUUAAUGGUGGUUUUGGAAUACAGAGAGAUGAAGUACUAGCUCUUAGUCCUUUAACUGAGAGAGUAUUUACUUAUGUCAAGAAGAGAGAGUUAAGAUAAUCUAUGAUUGAUCGUGUUGCUAUCAAUUUUGGCAAUUUAUCACAAAAUAAUUCAAAACCUAGAAUUUAAAAUACAGCUAGCAAUAUAGACUUCGAUUAGGUGCCAUAUCUUGUCGAUAGUUAGUUUAGUGAUAGUAACUACCUCCCUGUGACAGUUUAAAAAGCUAAAGCACAGAAGAAACCAUCAAUAGUACCGAAACUUGACUUAAUGAGAAUGCCACACUAGAAAGACUCUGAUUCCUCUUCCGAUUCUCUAGGUUAAGACUCUGAGGGCAAACCAAAGCGAGGUCCUAAUCCAAGAUAACUCAAAAAGAUCUUUGAUAAAUACAACAUUAUGACAUGUGCUAGAAAUAUCAUGCAGCAAGAAAAAGAUAUUAAGAAAAGAAGAAGACUACUAGCAGAGAAAAGAGACAGGUCCUUCACAUCAUCUUCUUUUAAAAACAGUUUAGUAAUUGUUGACUAGCAGUCUAAUAAAUAGUCUUCGAAAAAGAAAAGAUAAUGA